AUGAAGAAGAAAGCAAAAAAAGCGAGAGGCAAGGAAGAGGAGAUCCAGAAUCAAAGUAUUGCCAACACGGAAGGCUUUGUUCUUGAGGUCGUUUUACAGAACUCCAAUGGCGGUGGGUUUAAUCAACCGUCUCGUUCAUCUGUUCAAUGCUCUCUUGCACCAGCGGUCUUGAGUGGUGGGGCGAGUGAUGUUGGCUCUCAAGAGGUACCCUCCCAAGUUCGUGGGGAGUCUGUUCGUGCCGGUGGACAGGUGGUGGAUCGAGAUACUAGCGAGGCCUAUCAUAUCAUUGAUAUACAGGAGGAUCUGGGAAUGACGUUCAAAGGGGUAGGAAACGAAGAUGUGACGCGGGUUAAGGAAUUUGAGAGGCGGAAGAUCCGGGAGCUGGUGCAAGCGGAACAUCUUGAUUUUCUAGCUCUACAAGAGACCAAGAUGGACGUCAUCCCAAAUAACUUUGUACAGCGACUGUGGGGAAACAGUGAUUGUGGCUGGGUUUAUCUCCCGGUAGUGGGUAAUAGCGGCGGAAUUCUAUCCAUUUGGAACAAGGUAAAAGCUUCUCUUGUCUUCUCUUUUAUUGGUGAAGGCUUUGUUGGAGUUUGUCUGCAGUUUGUGGGGGAACUUAGAUGCUGUUAUAUCGUAAAUGUGUAUGCUAAAUGCAAUUUGCGUGCCAAACAUAGACUGUGGAGUGAUAUUCUUAUGUCUAAGAGGGGGUUUGGUGAUGGGCUAUGGUGUGUGGUGGGCGAUUUUAACUCGGUGAGGGAUUGUCAUGAAAGGAGAGGUGUAGGAGUGCGAAGUGUUGGUGGUCGUUCUACGGAGAUGGUGGAGUUUGAUAAUUUCUUGAAUGACUUGGAGUUGGUUGACAUGCCACUUAUUGGUAGAAGUUUUACAUGGUUCCAUCCUAAUGGUGUUUCUAUGAGUAGGUUGGAUAGAGUCCUUAUUUCAUCCUCGUGGUUUGAUGUGUGGGGGAACCCGAAUGUUUGGGUCUUGGCUCGAGACGUGGCAGAUCAUUGCCCGCUUGUGCUAAGAUAUAGUUCUUUGGAUUGGGGGCCUAAACCGUUUCGGUUUAAUAACUUUUGGUUGGGUAAUAGGGAGUUUAAAGAGGUCAUCACUAAGGCGUGGGAGUCGCAACAUUUUGAGGGGUGGAUGGGGUUCAUUCUCAAAGAAAGACUAAAAGGGCUCAAAGGGGUGAUCAAGGAGUGGAGUGGAAGGACUUUUGGGGAGGUAGAGCAUACUAAAAAGAG